GCGGGCACCGAGUCGUCUGGCAAGACUGCGGGCACCGAGUCAACUGGCGGAACAGCGGGCAUCGAGUCAACUGGCGGAACAGCGGGCACCGAGUCGUCUGGCAAGACUGCGGGCACCGAGUCGUCUGGCAAGACUGCGGGCACCGAGUCGUCUGGCAAGACUGCGGGCACCGAGUCGUCUGGCGGAACAGCGGGCAUCGAGUCAACUGGCGGAACAGCGGGCACCGAGUCGUCUGGCAAGACUGCGGGCACCGAGUCGUCUGGCAUUGGAUCGUCUGGCUCGACAGUGGGCAUCGGGUCACCAGGCAUCAGGUCAUUUGGCUCGCCAGCGGGCACCGCGUCAUCUGGCAAGGCAGUGGGCACCGAGUCACCAGGUACGACAGUGGGCUCUGAGUCAAUUGGCACGACAGCGGGCACCGGAUCAGGUACCGGAUCAUCUGGAUCAACAGCGAGCAUCGAGUCAACUGGC